AAAAAUUGAAUUACAAAAAUUUAAGCUCUAUGAAAUUAUGGAGGUUUGUAAGAAUCAAGUUUCUCUAAAUAGUGAGUUGUGAGCUGAUUUCUGAAAGACGAAAGCGUAGUGCAAUUUCAUGAUUGAAGGAAGACUAUUCCAUACUUCGACAGUUCUAGGGAAAUACGAAUUCAUGUAAUACCGUUCGUAGAUUGGGUGGCUAGCUGUAACAUAUUUCAUCUUUAUUUCCGUGAUGCGCAGGAUUCGAGCGCUAGAAAUGGCCACCUCAUGCUAUGGGUCUCAAUAAUCAGCAAUGUGCUAUGGGGUUCAAUAAUUAGCAAUGUGCUAUGGGGCUCAAUAAAGUGUAAGUUUUUUUAGGACAAAAGUGGCAAAAUUGUAAGCGGAGGACUGACGUGAAGAACGAACGCAAAGCCUACUGGGAGCAACGUGACGUCACUAAUCAUUUGUUCAAAAAACUCUGUGGAAAUGCACAAAAAUAGAAUUAACCGGGGACAAACAUAAGCCACACUGGUAGGGUGUGGUGGGUGUCAGUCCUCCGGUUACUAAUGUUUAUGGUAUAGAAUUCAAGUCAAACUUCAGCUUAGAGCUAAGUCUCGUUUAACUUAUAAGUUCUAUCCCAUAAACCGUAACCUUCGUACUGACAUGAAGACUUCAAAGCUUGUGUGGUGACACAAUGAGUUGCAUAACGUGUACAUUAACAAUAUUUAUUGCUUUCAAUGACACCAAUAGUGAAAAUGUAUAGCAGUACAGAACUUCUACAGAAAUAUCAAAAUGAUCUUGUAAUAAACAAACUAAGUAGUUACAUGCUUGUAAUAGAAACGUUUAAAUGUAUUAGCAUUACUCCAACCUGCUCUCUUUAGAAUGUCAUCUAAAGGAACAUUAGCAUGAAAGGCUGCUGUUGAUGCAGCAUGUCUUGUUGAAUGUGGCUUAAAUAAAUCAAUAUCGAUACCAGACAACUGUAAUACUGUCUUAAUCCAUCGAGCCAAAGUUUGGGAACCAAUUGCAGGAUGAGGCUUUAUAAAGGAGAUAAGCAGUACAUCAUCUUGUCUCAAACUCUUUGUACAUUCAAUAAAAUCCUCCAAGCAAAUAUAUGGACAUACAUCUGGAUCCACAGUGUAUCUAGGAAUAAUAACAGGAGGAACUGGAUAAUUAGGUCUUCUCUGUUUCACAUGUUUGCUAAGAAUAAACAUAUACUCAUCUUGAGAUUUUUUCAUAAACUCCUUGUUAAUAUUAAGUUGUAAUAAUGUUUGUUUCCUUUGAAUACUAACAAUAGAGCUAAUAGCAUAGCUAGCUUAAAUGACAUCUCCUUAAGAGUUAAAGAUGUAUUAGGACUAUAUGUCUUCAGAAAUUGAAGUACGGUUUGCACAUCCCAGAUACCAUAAUAUUUUUUGGAAGGAGGUUUUCUCUCAAAAAACGCCUUUCAGAAAACGACAAACAACAGGAUGCUGGCCUACAGGAAUGUUAUCCACUGAAAUAAUAGAUGACAAAGCUGAUCUAGUGGUAUUCAUAGAAGAAUACGAUAAAUGAAGCUGUGUGUGUAAGAAUUCCAACACCUGACUUAAAUUGGGGGAAUAUGGAUUAACCUUUCUUUGGCGACAGAAUACAUCCCACUUCUUGAGAUGAACCGCAUAUUGCUUCUGUGUAGCAGAUCGCCAUGAGUCGAGGAGUACACUGGUAACAUGCUCCGAAAAGCCUUGCUUUCGGUAAUGUUGCCAGCUUUAACUUGCCCUUCAUGCUGUGUACUAACUUCUUCUGUGGAUUAAUUAAAAGCUCCAUUUCUAAAGUCCACAACAGAAGCUUGGGUUGAUGAGUUAGCAUCUGUAAGACCUUUGUGUACCAAGUCUGAGUAGGCCACGCUGGGACAACCAGAACACCCUUUGCCUGUUCGGAUUGUAUUUUGUCCAGACAUUUGGGAAUCAGGCUAAAUGGAGGAAAAGCAUAAAAGUACUCAUUUUCCCACGAAAAACUUAACGCAUUAGUGACAACAUCCUGUGGGUCAGGUUUCCACGAAGCAUACCUAGGUAAUUGUGUGUUGAUCUUAGAUGCAAAAAGUUCAAUAGACAAAGGAGAGAAUACAGCACACAGUUUUUGAAAAAUGUGUGGGUUGAGCUUCCACUCGUGAUCAGAGUGGUGGUUCCUAGAUAAUUUAUCUGCAAUGACAUUAGUGGACCCAGGUAUGUGAAAAACAGAUAACCACACCCUUCUGGGUCACAGGUUACCGACCUGCUACCCCCAUGUGAUUAACAUAGGACACUGUUGUUACAUUAUCCAGCUCAAAACGAAGAUGGACAUUAACCAUUGCACUGCAAAAAAUAGUUAAGCAAAUGUACACCACAUAAAGUUAUCUUACAUUAAUAUGUAGAGAAGCUUGCUCUCGAGUCCAAAGACCCUGAGACAGCAAUGAAGUAUCUGUUGUACAAUUGACGCCCCAGCCACUGUCACUCGCGUCAGUCUGGAAAGUACAAGUUAUUGCAUGAUGUCUAAUGAUCCAUAACAUUGUUGUACCACCAUCGCAAGUCUUCCUUUGCUGAGUCAGAAGGAGUCAAAAUCCCUUCAUAAUCACCAUGAUUAUUUGCUAAAGCCUGGAUUUUGAUACGUUCCAGGUCACGAUAGUGUAACUUGCCAAACUCUACACCAGGUAGAGAUGAUACAAUCUUGCCAAUUACUUGUGCAAUAAAGCGUAUAGUAAAAGACUCUCCAGCAAGAGCCUGUGAACAGAACAGAGUGAUUUCAAUUUCUCUUUCUUCUGUUGAGAAAGAGUCACGCUCAUGGUGAUAGAAUUAAUAAUGAAGCCCAAGAAGGUGAUUUCCUGAGUAGGCAUAAGGACACACUUGUCUGGGUGUACAUGAAAACCAAGAUUCAGAAAAAGCUCAAUUGUUUCCUUGAGGUUGUUCAAACAUUCUAUUAUAUCAUCUCCUUGUAAGUACAUGGAGACACAUACCAUUGUGUUGACUUUUGGUUGGAUCUUUUGUCCGACUGGGGCGCACUCCGAAAAGUUCUGAUAUCCAGAGUAGCUGUUUGACCCCCACUGGCUACCACGGCCACGGAAACCUCUGCCAAGGCCUCUAAAUCCACCCCUGUUCCCAGAGCUUGGGUAUGGGGAGAACCUUUGCCCCCUGCCUCUUGUAGUAAAACGGAACUUACAAACUCUGUUCUUGUUUAACUCUGCAACCUCCUUAACUCUCUUUGAAGUAUCCCCUCCAAAUAAGAAUUCAUCUGCAGGGUUGCUGGAGCUACACAAAGCUUUGGCAAAUUCACCUAAUAGCUUCCCUUCUCCUUUGAUUUAAUUCAUAAUUGGCUGUCAUUGCCAGAGUGAUACCGUCCAUACAAGUAGUUAUUGUUUCUUCGUUUGCCUUGGUGGUUUGUAAUGACUCAGCAACGUAUGGCUUGUGUUGACUGAAGUUUAACAUCAUACACCCGUGUUUUCCCUGGUAUUUGAUCAGCACUAAUGUUGAGAGAAUAAAAGAGGAUUUCAGAACAGACCCGCUUCACUAGUCCAAGCACCCUGUUUGCUUUUGCGCACAUAGGCUCGAUGUGAGGACCCUAAGACAGAUCUUUGGUAAUUGUAACGCCGAGGUCAGUCACCUGCGCUACUGGAUCCAGGGUGCGACCGCAUAGUUGGUAAGGGUACACUUAGAUGCACUAAACUCCGUGCAGUGCUCUAGACUCCAGCUGUACAAGGAGUCAAGGUCAGCCUGCAACGAGGUUGAAGAACUUGCAGUGUCUAUAGAGCGGUAGAGCUUAGAAUCAUCAGCAUAAAGAGCGAUGUUUGAGCCUUGCUGCACGUAGUUAGGCAUAUCGUUGGCAUAUACUAGGAACACCAGGGGCCCAAGGAUAGAUCCCUAUGGGACCCCUGAGGUAACUGGCAGCCAAGAGGAGGACACACCAUCGAGGACAACACGCUGCCGCCUUCUCGUUAGGUAGGACACAAACCUUUUCAGCAGAGAACCCGUGACUCCAUACUGCUGCAGCUUGGAAAUAAGCAGAUGAUGAGGGACCUUGUCGAAGGCCUUGGAAAGGUCAAGGUGAAUGACAUCAAUGUCCUCCCCCCCCCCCCUGCUAGUAUGUCUUGAUAGACUUCGACGAGUUGCAUCACGGUGGAUUUUCCCUUAAAGUGAGUGAAAUGAAGUUGAAGCAGCGCUUGAAGACGCAGCGUUCAAGAACUUUUGACAGAAUACACAGAAGGGAGAUAGGCCUGUAGUCUUCUGCCAGGGUAGGGUCAUCCUUCUUGAACACAGGUGUGACAUUUUCGUCCUUCCAAAGCGCGGGAACGGAUCCAAGAGACAGCGACAGAUUAAACAACCGACUUAACGAUGGUGCGAUUCGAUGAGCGGUGUUUUCAGCAGAAUACCAGGGAUUUGAUACGUUCCACAGGCUUUUUUGGGAGUCUAGAUUUUGUAAGACAUCCAGUACUUCAGGGACGGUGAGUUGGAUAGAGCCCAGACCCAACACAGGCUCACGGUUGGUAGGCUGGGCGCCGGUUUUGUUUGCUUUUUUACGCUGCGCAUCCUUCUUUUUGAGCAAAGAACUCAGUUCGUGAUCUAUCCACGGGUAAUCGUUCACAUUCCUUGGUUUGGAUUUCGGAAUAUGCUCAUUAACAGCGGCGAGAAAUAGAUCAGUCCAAUUAGCGAGUGAUGAAUCGAUGCUAUCGCUUUGAGAGAGACACAGGUCCCACGGGAUGUUCUUAAGCGACUCAUUAAGUCCCGUCCAGUCUGCACGCUUGAAGUUGUACACAACGCGUUUGGUCUUUGUUUUUUAAGGAUUUUCAAGUGUAGUCCGAAACUGAUCAACUUGUGGUCGGUAGAAAUACUGUAAUCGAAUCCUUUUAUGUGUUGAAAUUUGGAUGGGAUACUCGUCAAAAUUAAAUCGAGAAUCAAUAAGCUGCCAUAAAUAGCUAUCCUUCACAAUUUUGCAGAGAUAGUUUGUGAGGCAAUCGCCGGUUUAAGCGGCUACUGUCGUCCAGUCGAUCUCAGAGAGAUUGAAGUCGCCAAUCACUAUUAACUGAUCGUAUUUCGCUUUAGAAGCUAGGCGCAGAGUUUUCUUGAGUUGUUUUAGAUACUCUAGGUCAGUGUCCUGCGGUCUGUAAUAAAUGGUAGCCAGAAUCUUGCGUUGUGAGUUGGGAUGGAGCUCGCAUGCUAAAAGUUCAGCGUUGGUUUCUAAAUCACAUCGACGGAGGCUCACGAUACUGUUUUUGACCGCCAGGAACACUCCUCCUCCUCUACGGGACUGUCUGUCCCGUCUGUGGAUGGUGUAGUCCGCGGAUCUAGGGAGUAAUUCUCACACUGGAUGAAAAAACGGAUUUACAUCGCGCAAAUAUGAUGUAAAUAUCAGGCACUAUAUUUGGUGCCUGAUUUGCUUUGGUAGUAAACGUGUAUGCAAAUUUUAUAUUUGCAUGUUGUGCAAACACUUUUCAAAGAUAAACUUUGAAUAAUUUGCUUGGAUGGUAAAUUUGUAUGUAAAUUUCAUGUUUGUAUUUUGUGCAAAUAACAUUUCAAAGAUCAAGUUUGACUGAUUUGCUUGGAUGGUAAAUUUUUAUGUAAAUUUCAUGUUUUUAUUUUGUGCAAAUACAGUUCAAAGAUCAACUUUGAAUAAUUUGCUUGGGUGGUAAAUUUGUAUGUAAAUUUCAUGUUUGUAUUUUGUGCAAAUACAGUUCAAAGAUCAAAUUUAGAUUUUCAUGGAUUUACACUCACUAGAUUAUCUUUACUUAUAUCUGCAAGGUGUGUUGUAAUAUCACUUAGUGUUUGACGGUGACAGUCGUGUGCGACAAAUUUUGUUGUUGUCGCUUUUAGUAGGGCAAACAUCUAAAAUCAUCAUCAAGAUACUAGUGAAAAUCGUCGAGUUUUUUGUGUGUGUUUCUUAUACGCGGGUUUGAUGAAAAAAAGGCGAGAGCGACCAGAUGGCGGUGUAAUAUAUAGGUUAUUCAACGGCUGGGAGGUCCGGCCUCGGUCAGCAUUUCCCAGACCUCUGUCACAGUUUUUCUCUAUUCGGACCGACCUCAAGUCGGUAAAUAACUUAUUUAUUUUACCCUUAAAACAUUGUUCGAAAAUCCCGCAGUCAAGAUAUUUUAGUAUCUUGCGUCACAGUCACGUGGUUUCUCUGUAUGUCGCCUACAUACAGUAAAACCACGUGACACUUGUAUUCUACUCACAAGAUGGCGUCCUCCAUGAAGCUGGAGUCCGAUUUUAGAGCAGAGAAAGCUGAAUGGCUAAAAACACAGAUGGAAGGCUUGGAAAAUUCAAAGUCAUGGAAGACAAAGUGUGAUGAUGUCUUUAAACUUCUCAAGUAUAAAUACCACACUAUAAAUAAAGUAGAAGCAGGUAAAAUAGUUAAGAUGGCCUUUCCCUUUGUAAAAAGACAAUCAAAAGGAUGGUUGUUCCGAAACCUUUUACUACAGGAUAAGGCACAUUGAAGUUUCCACUGAGUGUGUGAUUGAACAGACUGGACCAACCAAUGAAGUAAGCUUGCAACUGCAACAAAAACUGAGAGAGAAAGAAGAUGAGAUAGCUGUUAAAAAUGAACAACUGAAGCGAAUGAUAAAUAGUCACGCACAAUCCAUUAAAAAAGUGCAAACCUUGCAAAUACAAAAAAAGACAUUGGCAACACUUGUCAAUAAACUGGAAGAAAGAAAUGCUAACAAACCAAAGGCUAUGGAAAAACUAUGCUCCAGGCAGGAUCAAAUAUCAUCUGAAAUGACAGGAAUAGACUACAUCACAUCAAGUCAAAUGACACCCUGCAAAGAAGGGGGAUUGGUUAUGGGGUCUGGAAGUUAUGGAGCUUGUCAACGCUUGUCGAUGUGGAAGAACCUUAAAGUGUGUGUCAAAAAAGUGCAUGGCAAAAUUAAUGCAAAAGAAGUCAAACAUGAAGCAGCCAUGUUGAAAAAGCUCCAGCAGUCAUUGUAUGUUCCUGUUUUGCUUGGAAUAAACAUAAUUCAGCAACCCUUUUAUAUUGUAACAUCAUUCCAUUCAGCAACUCCAGAAAGUAGCCUUACAUUACACAGUGCUCUAAUGAAAUGUACUUCUAUCAAAAAGGAAAAAUGGAUGUCUAUUUUCCAUAAGUGUGCUUUGGGUCUCAAGUCCUUGCAUGACCUUGGUGUAAUUCAUAAUGAUCUUCACCAGAAAAACAUUCUGCUUGACAGGCUAAAUGGACACACACACCCUGUCAUUAUAGACUUUGGAAAAGCCUGCAAAGUCGGAAAUGGGAGAUGCCGCAAGGUGGGAGACGUUGUUAUGUACAGUGAGCUUCACCCUUGGGUAGCACCCGAGACUGUCCGUGGUGAAGACAGUGAGUCUGAGCAAAGUGAUGUGUACAGCUUUGGUUAUAUCAUCAACAAAUUUAACAGAGUUGCAAAAGUUGAUACAAUUGGAACUUUAGCAUUACAUUGCCAGUCCCAGAAGUGCUAUCGUCCAUCUAUGGGUCAAGUAAUUGAAUCCCUUAAAGAGUUCUGUCGCAAUGAUAAAACAUAAAAGUGGUAAGAACCUA